GAGUGGGCGUGUCCGAGCAAGUAGCGCCUUGGUAGAAACCGAGCUGAGCAUCAGAAGAGCGGUUACUUGAGAAUGGCGACUGCUGCUUGCAGUACGCAGAGUACACUAAACCCAUGCGCGGGCAAACUGCACAGAGAGCAUCCGCGGAGGACUAAAGACUCUCGGAGGAGACAGGCUGCGCUAUUAUUCCUCACUAAUAUAUCUCUGGACGGACGGCCUGUGCGGAACAAUGCGGGCCCCGGUGAUGCUGAACUCCGGUGCGCUGAAAUCGGCGCGGUUGCAAGCGAACUGUCCGCUGCGGCGAGUAGCGACGGGACCUUUAACAACCUGUCAGUCCCCAGACUCGGGCUGCUCAACGUCCCACCCAUUCUGGUUUUGCCGUCGGAUCCUGAGCUCUGUAAAUCCGCGAGCACCGAGUUGUUAUUGGACAGAGAGAGGGACUCGUCGUUCUCAUCGCAGGGGAAUCUGCUCACUCCCGGAGGUCUGCCGCACACUCCGCUAGGACCGCGGAAGUCACCGACGUUGCUGUCAGUGCAGAGCUGCGGCUCUUCGCUCGAGUCUCGACCGCGGAGUCGUAAUCCAUCUGGUUCUCCUCGUCCACGCUCCAUGAAGAAAGUUCACUUUAUUAGGAACAUGAGGCAGUAUGACACCAGGGGCAGCAGGAUUGUGCUAAUCUGUGCCAAAAGGUCUUUGUGUGCUGCCUUCUCAGUGCUGCCGUACGGAGAGAGUUUUUACAUCAGUGACCCUCGCUUGGAUGACCAGCGGCGGAGACACUCAUCCGGUGGGAUAUCCUCCACAAUGGAGAUGUUUCCUGGGAUGGAGGGGGUGGAGCUUGGCAUGUAUGGCAGGACGGUGUCAUAUGCUCAGUUCCUGUACCCCACAAAUGCUCUGGACCGCCACAAGCCCUCGGUACCGGUGGAUUUGGCGCUACCUAUACCCUAUUCCAGAAACAGCAUCCCGCGCAGUUAUCCACCCUCCCGCCUCAACAGCGCUGUGGGCCUUGACCUAGGUCUUGAAGACAGCGAUUAUGACCCUAACAUGCUCAGCGACCCCCAGUGGCCGUGUGGGAAACACAAAAGGGUUCUCAUCUUUGCCUCGUAUAUGACAACAGUAAUAGAGUACGUCAAGCCAUCAGAUCUAAAGAAAGACAUGAAUGAGACUUUCAAGGAAAAAUUUCCCAACAUCAAACUAACACUGAGCAAAAUCAGAAGUCUAAAGAGAGAAAUCCGUUCAGUGGGUGAGGAGUCCGGUCUGCAGCCGGUCACAAUAGCGAUGGCGUUCGUAUAUUUCGAGAAGCUGGUGCUACAGGGACAUCUGAACAAGCAGAACAGAAAGCUGGUGACGGCCGCAUGUCUCCUGCUCGCCGCUAAGAUCAGCAGUGAUCUGAAGAAACAGGAGGUCAAACAACUGAUUGAUAAAUUAGAGGAGAGAUUUCGAAUAAGUCGUCGAGAGUUGAUCGUGGUUGAGUUCACCGUAUUGGUGGCUUUGGAAAUGGCUCUAUACCUACCGGAAAGUAAAGUCAUGCCUCACUACCGCAGGCUGGUACAACAACCCUGACAUGUGAAUAUGGCAUGAAGGAGUGGUGGUGCCCGUCGGUGGUGUCGGUGCAAGCACACAUCAACAUACAACGCUCCGAGGAAGAUAUGACGAUCUAAAUGAUGCUACUUUUAACACUCAGGCCAGUGUUAUUUAUUUUCAUACCACCAUGGGAAUUAUGUUAAAAGAAAGAUCUAGAAGUUAAAAAGAGACUUUUCAUUUAAAACACUUAGUUGAAAAUUGAAGUGUGUGAAGAGUGCAUGCAUGCUUGUUUUAAACAUUCCAUAUACUAUUUACCAAAAAUAACAUUUAUUUAAUAUAGAUGUCACCUUUUGUGUGAUUAUGUAUCAUCCACUGUAACAUGAAAGCACUUUUCUUAACAUAAUGCAAUAAUAAUAUAACCAUUAGCACAGAUGUCACGUGAGUAUGCACUUAUUUUUGUAAUAUACUUCUAUAGCAUUACCGAGUGACUGAACCUACAAUACCGCACCGUAGUAUUCAAACCUAAUCUCUUUAUGUCUAUGACAGCCUUAUUGUGGGACUCUGCUGCACUUUAUUGAAAAAAAGUGCUCUAUAUUAGAGCUAAUAUGUCGAAAAGCACAUUUGUUGUGCUGCUAUGUCCGGAUGCAGAAUGAUUUUAUAUUGAUAUGUUUAACCUUUGUCAAAAACUAUAGAUGUGACAUCACAGUGUUUUAUGAGAUGGAUAUAAACACAUUGUUAGCAAUAGAAUGACACUCUGGAUGUUAAACAGGGUUUCACUUGCACCCCCACAAUCUAUGCAAUAUUUAAAGCGUCCAGCCAAAUAUCAAAAUUACCGCAUGAUUUACUCAUCCUCGAUCAGAUAACAACUUCUGACUUUAAAGCCCAAAAAGUGCAUUCAUCCUUCACAGAAGUAAUCCACAUGACUCUAAAGGGUUAAUAAAGGCUUUCUGCGGGUAAUCAAUGCAAUUUUGUAAGAAAAACAUCCAUAUUUUAAACUUUAUAAACUAUAAUAAUUAGCUUCUGGUAACGACGCAGACAAAAUCGAAUCAAUUACCUGCAAAAGACCUUUAUUAACCCCGUGUGGAUUACUUUUGUGAAGGAUGAAUGCAGUAUUUUGGGGUUUAAAGUCAGAAGAUGUUCCCUGAUCCCUGUUUUUUACCGUUAUAAAGCUUGGAAGAGCAAGGAUAUUUACUAAAAUAACUCCAAAUGUACUCUGAAAGAUGAUGGACAUGUGUAUCUCUGAUUGCUUGCGGGUGGGUAAAUCAUGGGGGUAAUUUUGGUUUUUGGCUGGAGUAUUGCUUUAACAAUAUAUAUUUUUUCAUUUAAUUGCAAAACAUAUCACACCUACCCAGCAGAAAGGAUCUGUUGUUGUGUGAAAGGUCAUGUGUGACAUUGGAGGUUUUGUACUUUAUAGAAUGAAUUAUUUUAUAUACGUUUUAAUUAAUGCAUUUUAGGUCUUGUUUCUACGCAUAUUAUAAACUGUCAAUGUUGGCCACAGUUUCCGUUAUAUUUUUAUGAUUGUAAAAUUAUUUUUUCCUGUAAUGUCCUUAUCCAGAUACUGUGACCUUGAGCGGUCCAAACUGAGACAUUUGCACGUUUUUGAUCCUUUGCAGUGUUGAUUUUGUUUAUGGCGCUGGGUUGCUGCUGCCACCUGCAGGAAACUUUUUGCAAUCACAGUGUGUCAAUAAAAAAGUUAUUAGGAAGGUAAAAGCAUACCAGAUAUUUGGAAAUAACACAUAGAGGAGAUGUGUUUUAUUUAUUGUUUGUAAUUUUUAUGCUUGUGUUUAAGAAUCCCUAAGCUAAAUAAGAUAGCAUUCAGUUAAAGUGCCUGUGAGGUUUUUUUGUUGAAAGUAAAGGGAUUGUAUUUAGAGAUUUACACUGUGAUUUAUUAUAAUCUGUAAUACUCCCUGCACAUUUGUCCUGUUAGAUUUGUCUAUUGUAAAAAUGUGCAAAUAUAAACCAGCUGUUCAAUCUGAGAAAUAUGCUAAUAAAUCCUCUUACCUGUAGCCAGUCAAUAAGUGAUUCAGUAUAUUAUUAACAGUGUGUUUACUUUGUUUCACUUGAGGUUUUGCCUACACUCUAAAAACAAACACUGCUAAAUAGCACUAAAAGUACUUCACUGGCUCGUGGGGGUUUGACGAGAUCUCGCGAGAUUAAAUAUGUAUCGCGAAAUUAAUUAGGUCAUGGUGAAAUGCUGUGCUGUCCUUUCUCAAACAAAAGGCUGCAUCCUUUGGAGGUUGCAUUUGUAGACUGCAUCAUAAAGACGUCUUAUUACAGAAUAUUAACAAUUAUAACGUUUACUAUUAUAGUAAAUUGUUGUAAUAUGCUUAUGACUUGCUCAAUUAACUGAAAUAAACCAGGCUUGAUGACGUAGGCAGCCUGUAGAUGCGACCUCCGGAGGAUGCAGCUUUCUGUUUGAGAAACGGCCACUGUCUAUCAGCAUAAAGUUAAGU